GAAAGUUUUAGAUUUGUUUCGACUUUUUAAGUAUUUUAUUGCGACUUCUUUUAACCUAUUGUGAAAUUUAAAUAUUUUUCAGACAGUGUUAAUAUUUUAACUUAAAUCUAAUUUCAAAAGGAAAAUUAAAAACCUGUUGAUUUCACUUUGUUGGAAAAUUCUGAUGGAGGAAAAUAUCCAAAAUGGAAGCUGUAAAGCUUUAACCUCUAAUGCUCUUAUUGAAAGCCUUAAAAUGCAAUCCUCAAAUAUCCAAGAUUCAGCUACUGGAACAGAAGUGCAGAAUCCCAAGGGAGGAGUGAAGAAGAAAACUGGUGUUCGUACAAAAAUGAAACAUGAACAAAGUCUUCCUUCUGAAAAUUCACCAACCAUAAGAAGUCCAAAAAGUAGGAGUCGGAAUAAAAAAUCUUCAAAAGAUAAAAGCGUUGAACCUAAAUCUUCAGAAACACCAAAAUCUUCUAAAAAUUCCAAGAAACCUAGUUCUGGUUCGAGUGAUGCCUUUUCUGAUAUCUCUGCUAAACUCAAUUCGUCUGGCAACAUGAGAAACCCUAAACAAGGUCGAAGAUCGUCUGUACCAAACCACUAUGUAGAGCUUCAAAGUAAGAAUGGUGCAUCAUCAGGUAUUACAAGUCCUAAAGUUGUGGACAGAAAAAGCUCCAACUAUAGGUCUAAAACACCUGACUGUCAAACAACUCCUAACAAGCCAAGACAUCAAGCUAAAAGAGCAGGUUCUAAACAAGGUUUGAAAUUUGAACCUUACAUUCCACUGUUUCAAGUUCAGCAGGGACUUAAGCGUGGAGAGUUUAUUGAAGGAGCACUGCGUAUCAACCCCAGAAAUUAUGAAGAUGCUUAUGUAAAUUCACCUGAUGGAAAAAUGGAUAUUUAUAUUGGAGGAAUGCAGGAUAGAAAUAGAGCUCUUGCUGGAGAUAUAGUUGUUGUACAAAUAAAUCCAAAACAAGAAUGGAAAGUUCUGUGUGAUGCUAUUAAAGAUUAUCAAGAAAAGACUGGAGAAAGUGUUGCUGAUACAGUUUGUGUGCCUAUACCAUCUCCUCCAUGCAAAGUACACACCCCUGAUAAAUUAUUGCGAUCCCGUCCACAGUCCUCUAACUCAUGGGGUAGUACCUUUGAAGAUCAUGGUCCUGAUACCUUGAAAAUAUUAGGUGUAGAUAAAUUAGCAAAGCAAAUGGAAGAUUUUUCUAUGGAAAUGAAAAAGUCAAAGGGAAGGAGUAAGUGCAAAUCUAAAAUUAAUCAGCAAAGUAAAGAGAAUAGUAGUGGAAGAACAAGUACGUCGUAUUCACAUGAAUCUUCAGAAGAUUACUUAGAUAAGAUAUCUCCAAAAAUGGAGCAUGAAUCCUCACUUGGUAUUCAAAGUAGCAUCAAACCAACGAAUUUGGAAAAUGCUGAUGCUUGUAAUUCUCAAAAGGUUGAAAAUAGUGGUACACCAUCUAACUUAGAACUGGGGUGUGCUGAAAUAGUAUACCCUGCAUGUGAUAUGAGCAAAAUAGGUACAUUCACUUUAGAAAUAGAACAAAAUUUAAAUACAUCUAAAAAUACAUCUUGGGAGAAUGAAGAAUCUGCUCUUAAUAUUGUUGUAUCUCCUGAAGAAUUGCUAAGUAUUGAUGGUAAUUCUAUUUUGGAGCAUGAAAAUAAUUAUGAGGUUGAUGGUAGUGAUAGUGAUUUUGGUGGUAUCAUAGUCCCCCCUGGUGAUCUCUCCGGAGAUGAAUUUACUGACUCUGCAAGUGUAGGAAGUAGUCGAAGUCAGCAUAUGGACCAGGUUUUAGAAGAUGCCGAAUUUCUUGCUUGUCAACAAGAUGCUGACAAUAAUAAUAUUGUGUUUGAUAAUGUUACUAAUAUUGUGAACCAGUUCAAUAGGAUGGAUAUCCUUGGAUUUGCUCCUACAGGUUCUAUUCCUAGUAGAGAAAAAUCAUUAGAAUGUCGAAUACAGCAUGGUAAUGCAAUUCCAUCUUUAUAUCCUAUUGAAAUAAAUUCUGAAUCAGUUGUAUGUUCUUCAGUUUCAGAAAUUCAUUUAUCUAAAGUUCAUAGCAGUUCAGAUGAAAAUGUAGAUAUUGAACCCUUGAUAAUUGGACACUUUAAUCACCUUGAAGUUGGACAAAAUAUUAAUGAAUCAGUUGCUUCACAAAGUAAUAAAAAAUCUAAGCACAGAAAGAGGAAAAGGAAGAAGCAAGAAAAGAAAGAAUCUGUAAAUAACAAUGCUAGUGUGAAAAUUCCUAAUUUUGAUAUUGGUAAUUUAACCAUUGAAGACAUAAUGAGGCAUCCUGAAUGGCCUAAAUUUAUUCAAAAAACAGGAAAAAUUGUGCAUGUAUUGGAAAGAAAGCAUUCUCGUAUUGCAGCUGGGCACUUGAAACUUUGCCCAGAUAAAAAUAAAAAUUGGGCCCUAUUUUCUCCAAAUGACAGUCGUGUUCCUAGAAUUAUGGUACCUAUGUCUGAUUGCCCUCCUAAUUUUUAUAAUCGCUCAGGUGAUUAUAAUAAUGUUUUGUUCCUAGCUGAAAUUGCUGAAUGGAAUGAGACGUCCACUUUUGCAAGAGGAAAACUGAUAAAAUGUCUUGGCAACACAGGAGAUGUUGAAGUGGAAACAGAAGGAAUAUUGGUAGAGAAUGCUGUUGACUUUUCAGAUUUUCCCAAUGAAGUAUUGAACUGUCUUCCACAAGAGUCAAAUUGGCAAGUACCUGAGCAUGAAAUAAGAAAUCGCAGAGACUUUAGGAAAGAAUGUGUUUUUACCAUUGAUCCAGCUACAGCACGUGAUAUGGAUGAUGCUGUUUCGUGUACCCUUUUAGAAAAUGAUAACUAUGAGGUGGGUGUACAUAUUGCUGAUGUUACGUAUUUUGUUGAAGAAGGAUCUAAACUAGAUCUGUUUGCAAAAGAACGCUCUACAAGUGUUUACCUUGUGCAAAAAGUAAUUCCUAUGCUUCCUCGAUUGCUCUGUGAUAAUUUAUGCAGUUUAAAUCCAGGCCAAGAUCGAUUGACAUUUUCAGUUGUUUGGGAAAUGACACCUGAAGGAGAAAUAUGUAGACAAUGGAUUGGUCGUUCAGUCAUAAAUUCUUGUUCAAAGUUAAGCUAUGAACAUGCACAGAGUAUGCUUGAAAAUCCAGAAAGGAAAGAGUGGAAUCCUUCUGAAUUUCCUGAUAUUUAUGGUGAUUUCACCUUAAAUGACAUUGCUACACGCGUUUACCAGCUUCAUCUUUUAGCCCUUCAACUUCGUGAGAAACGAUUUUACAAUGGAGCUCUUCGCUUAGAUCAAGUUAAACUGCAGUUUACUUUAGAUACUGAAACAGGGUUGCCAUCAGGCUUUAAUGUUUUUGUACAUAAAGACAGCAAUAAACUAAUUGAAGAAUUUAUGUUAUUAGCAAAUAUGUCAGUUGCAAAGCAUAUUUAUGAAACUUUUCCUUCUCUUUCACUGCUUCGGCGUCAUCCUGCACCCCAGCCAAAAAUGAUGGCAGAUAUAGUUUCUACGUGUGAAACUAUGGGGAUUAUUCUUGAUCCUAGUAGUAGUGGCACACUUCAAAGUUCUAUCGCACAAUAUAAGGGUGAUGAUUAUUUAUCUAAAGCUAGGACUGAAUUACUUAUGCAUCUCUGCUCUAAGCCAAUGAAUUGUGCUCUUUAUUUCUGUACUGGUGUCCUAGAAGAGCCAUCCAUGUUCCAUCAUUAUGCUCUGAAUGUCCCUCUGUACACUCACUUUACAUCCCCUAUAAGACGUUAUCCUGAUAUUCUUGUUCAUCGGCUACUGGGGGCAUCGCUAAAGUACAAUUCUGCUCCAAACAUGGCCCCAGAAGAGAUGGAAAAAUGUGCUGUCCAUUGUAAUGAUAAAAAAUACAAUGCCAAAAGAGUUAGUGACCAAAGUGCCGAGAUAUUCCUGUCAGCAUUUAUUCGAAAAAUGGGUUGUGUUCAUGCUAAAGCCAUGGUGCUUGGAGUGAUGGACCAUUCAUUUGACUGUCUUAUUCUUGAUAUGGGUAUUAUAAAAAGGGUUUACUGUGAUAAAUUGCCUUUGUUAAAGAAAGAGUUCAAAAGAACUCAUGGAGUUAAUCAGUUGAAUUUAUUUUGGAAAGACCCAUCCUUAAAAGGAGGUCUGGAACAAGUAAUUGUUAUGUUUGCUUUGGUAGAUGUCACGUUAAUUACAGACAAGGCUUAUUUGCAAAUUAAAGUUACUCUCAGGAAACCUGGAACGUAAUUUAAAAAAUUUAAUAGCUUUUUUUUCAACUCCUAGGUUGUUUUCUUUAUCAUUGUUUGACAACUGUUAUUUACAUGCUUUAUUUUAAAGUUAUAUUAUUUAAAUAUCAAUAAACCAUUAUAUAGGUUUUCAAUUAAAAGAUAGAUGAAAAAUAAUCAAGUUAUAGUAAUAUUUAUAUUUUUCAGGUACUUAAAAUUUUCCGCCCUUUAAUCAUAUUCUGUACCUAUCAUUUUGUUUAAGGCUACAACUUUUAGUCUAUUCAGUAAAAAUUUCUUUGAAAAUUUUAUUCAAGUUAGUUUUUCAUCUUGAAUUAAAUUGAAAAUUUAGAAUUGUAUAGAAAAGUUAACUAUACAUGAUAUUGAUUUGUGAAGUGUGAUAUUGGAUUAUUUUCUUAUAUUGGUUAUAUAACAAUUGAUAAUUAACAUUUUUCAAUCUGCUUCCAGAACUAGUCUUUAUACAGUUUUUUUUAGGAUGUUGACUUUUCUCUCCUAUUAAAUCAUAGGCAAUAAUUGAAAAUAUAGUUAUACUUACAUCCAGUUGUUUAAAUUUAACUGAAGCAGAACGAUCUUCAUAUAUGAGCUUAAACCAGUAAAGUUGUAGUAAUUUAAAAAGUUUACUGUUUUUGUAGUAAUUUUUUUUUAUUCUAUUUGUUUUUACAAGAUAUCUGUAUACCUUAAUUGUUGCAAUUUUCUGUAAAUAUUUGUCCUUUUUAUUUUAUUGUAUUCCAUUAAAAAAGUUUUAAAGAGAUUUAGGGAAAAGUUUUCUUUUUAAUUACAAAAUAUAUAUUUAUCAGAAUUUUUUUACAUAAUUAUGAUUAAAUUCUAUUUCCAAAAUAAAUUUUUCAUUUUUUUUUAAGUAUUGUAAUGGACAUUAUAGAAUACUUUGUUCUGAAGUCUAUAUUUUAUAACUUAUAAAAAUAAUUUUUAAUUAGAUCAUAUUUUAAAAUGACGUGUUGAUUGAAAAAUCUUAAGCUAAUAGUCUCUAGAAUUUUAUUCUUAAUUACAAAUUAAAAGGAAAUAGGAAAGGUAUGGGUUUAAUAAGUUUUUUUCAGUUGUUGCUAAUACUAACUAUCAUCAUAAAUUUUAAAGGUAUAUGGAUAUCUUGGGUUGGAUUUUCUUAUAAUGAUGUUAAACAAACAUUAAGUACUUUUUUUUCCUAGUAGUACUUAUUUUCAUCCAUUGUUAUCUCUAAUCUUGAUAGGGUAUCAAGUUUUCUUACCAUGAAUUUUACCAUGAUUUGCUAUUACUAUUUGAAUUUAUUAUAGUCUUAAUGCACAAUCGAACAUUUGUAUUGUACAUUUUAACAGUAGGAAAUGUAUUUGUAGGUCAGCUAUUUCAGAAUUUUCUCAAGAUCUCAUAAAAAUAAAAGAAUAGAAAGUAUGUAGGUAAUAUUUCAAAUUAUACAUGUUGCUCAGUUUAUUUUGUAUAAAAUAUAGAGUUUUUUUAAAUUGUUUAUUUAAAAUGCUAAUAAUUAUUUAAAAUGUUUUCUUUCUCAUGUUGUGUGUGAAACAGAGCUUUUCUGUGGUCUAUUCCAAAUAAAUAUGCAAUCAUUUUUCUAUAUGAAAAACAAGUACAAUAAAACAUAGUUGAGCCUACUAAUGCACAUUUUGCUGUUAAUUUAUCACUGUCUUUUUAGUGUAAACCUCUAUUUUCUGAUAUCUUCUUUGACUAAACUUUUGAGUGAAUGUAAAGGGUUGAAAAUAUAUUUUCAGUGAUCUAGUUACCUCUAUGUGCUUGAAUGUUAAAUAAACACAACUUAGUGGUGCAUGUAAUUUUCUAAUGUGAUAUGAACAGUAUUCAUUUUAGUGCAACAUAUGGUUAUUUUUUCUCCUUGGUAUUUUAAACUGUUGGAAUGGAAUUUUAUAUUUAUAUUAAUUCUGGUAUGUAUUACUACCAGAAGCAUAUUAGUUUAAAUAAUUGGUUGUAGUUGAUGAAACCCUACUAUAGGAAUACAAAUGUUUAUUUUCCCGUUUUUUUUAUUGUAUUGUAACAUUUUAUUCUUUUUUUCCCCCUUAAGGAGCUGAGAUUUUAAAGAUUAUUUUUGGAAAUAAUUUUUAUUACAUUGGAUAGAUUACUAAUAUUCUAUUUAGAGUUUUUUUUUUAAAAAAUGCAUUUAAAGAUGUAUGAAAAAUACAUUUUGCUUUGUACUUUUCUUUCAGUUAUAUUGUUAAGUAUCCCCUUUUUACUUAUUUUAUUUUGUCUUUUUCAUUUCAUUAUGGUUUGAUUUGAAAAUGCAGUAUGCCCUUUUACCAAAUUGUUGUGUUUCUUUCUGUUGCUUGCUGCUCUGAUGGCUACUGUUAUUGAUUUGAUGGAUUUUUGCUUGGGAAAUUUAGGUUUGCUGAAUAUUUAGUGAUGCUAUGGUGUUUUGAAGCAUAUGUUUCUUGAGAGGAUUUUUUCCCUCCAUUAUGUAGUUUAAAAUCUUACUCAACCAGCGUCUUUCCAAAAAUGUAUAAAACUUAUGUUGCUCUCUUAAUUUCCUUUUAUUUUCUUGAUACUGCAAAAGGGUAUUAAAUAAUUAUAAAUUCCUGAUAAAUCUAGGGAAAAGUUAAAAAUCUUAAUAAUUAUUAAAUUUGGUAAUAAAACAAAUUUUAGGGUUAAUAAUAUUACUAUCCAUUUUAAUUCUUAGUCACCUACAUUAUGCAAUGCACCUUUUUAUAAUUUAUUCAUAUUUUUGUUUUCUAGUUGAACAUUUUAUAUCUGUUUCUGAAAUAUUUUUUUAUGGAAAUAUGUAAUUAAAAUUAUGAGAGGAAACAUAGGGAAGUAUGCCAAAAGAGCAGCUUUUAUACAAUAUUCUUAUUCAUGAUAUGUUUUCUUUAUUAAAAAAAUGAAUGAGUUUUUUUUAUAUAAAUUCAGACUUUUGCUGAGCAAAAAAAUUUUUUCAAAGCUUUAAAUGGGUAUUUUGUAACAACUAUUUAAUCGUUGAAUCUCAAAAUCUGGUUCUUUAUAUCAAAUAAGUUCAUAACCUGUUUAUAGUAAAUUGGUACAGCUGUAAAAAGAAAAAAAAAACUGUUUUAUCUAUUAACUUAUUAAUGGAUAAUAUGUACCAUAUGUAAAAAGAACCUACAAAAUGUGUGUGAUGUUCAUCGAAUGUUGCUUAAAGUACAAACAAACUCUAUGAAUGACCCAAUGGACAUUCCUGAAAUGGGCUUUGUUACCAUUCAGAUUUGUUUUGUUUACUUGUUGUAUUUUUGUUUAAAGUUUAUCUUUUUUUUGGGGGGGGGGGGGGUAAAAAUUAUUUAUAUUUUAAAUUUGUCUAAUUCAGUAAUAAUCUGUCAUUUAUAACAUUUUAGAUUUGUUUUAUAUCAUUUAUCAUAAUUGGAUUAGAAAUUAUCAUUCUAUAAUAUGAAUAAAUAAUUUUGGUCAUAUUUUGACAUUUAGAAUUUCAAAAUAUCAAGAGAAAAGAAUCAGACAUUAUACAAAUUAUCUUAUUGUUUUAUUAUGUAUUUUCUAUGUUGAAAAUAUUUUUAAAAAAUCUUAUUUUUAACGUAUAGGAUUUUUUUUUUUUUUUCGUAAUUAUUAAAAAAAAUUCAUUUGCUGUGCUAAGGGGAAAAAAAUUGCAUUCUGCAGAACCAAAAUUGGGAUGGAUAGUUUUUGGAUUAUUAUGUACUAUUCAAUAUUGUUUAGUCUGUAAUUUACCUGUGUCAAUAUUGCUGUUCAUGUCAUUAUUUUCAAGUUUGCUGAAGAAUAUGUUGUUUUUUUUCUCCAAUUUUUGAUGUAAGUGAAACAUUUUCCGAUUAUGUUUUCUUUUAUACUACUCUAAGAGGAAAAUUUUGCACUUGUUAUCAAAAGUACUUUAUCUAAUACAAUGUUAACAGAAGUUAAAUAAUGUAAAUUUGUAAAGGCUCAAAACAUUUCUGUAUAUAUUUCAUUAAAAAUAUUUAUAAUUUGUGAAAAUGUAGAAAUUUUGAGGAAUUAGAUUCAUUGUUGUAAGCAUAUAUUCUUCCUGCUAUUAUAACAUGUAUAAUGUAGUAUUAUUCUUGACAUAUUACUAUUUUCAACUGUGAAGGUUUCAUCACUUUUCUAAAGUACUUUAUCAUGGUGAAACAAAGUAAUUGUAUGUUUACUGAAGAUAAUUUUUUUCAUCAUUUAAGAAGCUUGAAUGAAAGCUAUAUUUUAGUUUUGUUGAUUGUACACAAAAUUUGUUAUGUAUUCAUUUGAAUUAUUUAAAUUGUUAGGGAUAUAACAUCAUAUUGCGUUUAAAUUGAAUCUAUGGAACUUAUUUAAAAAUUGUAACAUUUUAAGACUUGGGUAUUAAUUGUGGAUGUAUUGAUUUCUACUUUUUAAAAAAAUUUGGUUAUUACUUGUGUUUAAAUUUUAAUAUGUUACUUCCAUAUUUUGUUUUAUAUAUGAAACACAUCGAUUGAAAAUAUAAAGUUUAUUUAUAAUCAAUUCAGAACUAUAUUCUAUAAUAUAUCUGUUCGGUUCCACUGUUGUUAUAGAUUUUUCGUUUCAAAUUUAUAUUCGUUUCAAACAUUUUAAAGAAGUUUUAGAUAUAACAUUAGUUUCAUUUGGAAGCGAAAGUUUUAAAUUUGUUUAGUAAAAUAAAUCCUGCAAACAUUUUAAAAGAGACGUAGUAGUUCGCUUUACAUCUUCUUAAUUUUUUUUUAAUACAAGGAUCAUUUCAUUUCCUGUUUUUGUUUACACAAAAAUUUGUUAAAAAUUCUCAAAUGCAAAUUUUGGAGCAAAAUUCCAUAAUUAUAAUAGUUGUUAGCCGUUUUGAUAAGCAGCAAAUUCUUAAUGUUACAAAAUUUUUAUUUAUUCUUUCUCACUAUUAUUUUCUCCAAUGCUGGUGCUGUAUUUUUAAUGCACAGCUUUUUGAUCCUGAGAAAAAAGGGUCUUCCUAAAUUAACUACGUUAACAAAAAAAAAAAAUUGACAUAGCUUAUCUUAAACUAAACUAUCGUAUUAAAAACUUUUGUGAAUCUUUAAAAAAUGAUUCUCGAAAAUCAACUUAAAAUAUUUCGAUAGUUAUGAAAUGAAGCAGCAGUAUUUUGUUCCAAAAAGAAUAAUUCAACUUCAAUUAUUCUAAAAAAGCUGUUGUUUUUUUAUAUUAUUAUUAUAAUCUUUUUAGAAUGAAAUUUAUUUAUGUGUAAAUGUUGUAUUCUUAUUGACAAAGAAUACUCGAUACAACGAAAGAAUUUUUUUUCUUAAUAAACGAUAUUGAAGGUUAGCAGAAUAACCUAUCACUUUUGUGACUAUGCAAAAUAUUGAAAAUGAAAAUAUCUGUACAUUUUUACGCACAGAAUUCUUUUUAGUAAGCACAAUAACUAAAAUUAAAUUCUGUGCGAUUUGUCAGCAAAUCGAUUGUGAGACUUUCUUUUUAUGAAACCUUGACUAUUAUGCAAAUGCUGGUUGGCUUCAAUACUAAGUAUAAUAAAAAUGAUCAGUGCAAAUUA